UGGAAUUACAUUACAUGGGCUAUAAAGACGCGUGGGAUUUAUAAAGUCUUAUCGGGAUAAACAAAAACGUGCAGGAAAAAAGUCAACUAAACAUUUCGCAAAGUAGAGGAAUAGUCAGUAUUGUAUCUUGUUGCGAAGGGAAUAUUAAUAGUGAUUUAAAAUGGUGGAAUUAAGCUGUGGGAAGAAGAUGAUGAAGUACCUGUUGUUCAUUAUCAACUUUAUAUUUUUCGUAUUGGGUGCUGCAGCUUUUGGUCUCGGAAUAUGGGCUCUAGCCGACAAAAAUAAGAUGAAUGUCUUGACCAAGAUCGGCGCAGCAAGCUCAAAUUUCGAUGUCAUAGGACUGUUGGAAUCUGCAGCCAUAGUGUUACUUGUGGGUGGGGCGUGCAUUCUGGUAAUCGGAUUCUUCGGAUGUUGCGGCGCAAUUAAACAGAGCCAGUGCUUGUUGUGCUUGUACGCCAUAUUCCUGUUGUUGAUAGUUAUUCUGGAGAUUGCAGCUAUUGCGAUUGCAGCUUCAUUCAGGGGAAAGGUUACCACGGAGGUGAAAUCGUUCCUCAAAGAGAGCAUUAACAGCACGUACCAGGGAAAGGUGGACACGAACGAGGAAUUCUCGCUGGGCCUGGAUUACGCCCAAGUGUAUUUCCAGUGCUGUGGUAUCGACAGCUACACAGAUUUCUACGGGGCAACAAAAUGGAACAGGACAGUGAACACAUCAGUUACUAUGAAAAUCCCACCAACCUGUUGCAAACUAAUUGACAAGGACGCAUUCCUGAAAGACCAGAAAUUUGAUCCGAUAGACAAAAAUUGUCCCUACGACCCAAACGACACCAAUUCCAAUAUGAAUAAGCCAUGUUGGACCUCUAUUGAGGACUACCUGAAAAGUCGCAUCGGAGUCGUCAUCGGCAUCGCAGCCGGAAUCUUGGUCUUGGAGAUACUGUGUGUCGUGUUUGCCUGCUGCAUCAUCAGUACCCUUCGAGCAGAGAGCGUGAAGUGAGGACGCUAGUGAAACACGAGUGAGGACAGAUGAUUAUGGACUGAAAAGAGACUGAAUAGAGACUGAUAUUUAAGGCGAUCGUCACAAUUUGUUUGUAAUGUCAUGUUUCCAUUUGAUCGCUCAUGCUUGACCAUGUUUAGCAACCUCAAUAAAAUAUUGACCGUUAUAUAGAAGAUACACGUAUCUCAAUAUUUUAAUUUUGUCUUUAAAGUCUAUCUAAUGAUUGUUGUUAUACUUUGUAAUAAUAUUUUUAUACAUUUUAAUGUAACAAAAUUAGCUUGGUUACACUCGAACACACAACAAUAGCUAUAUAAAAAGAUGAAUGCAUUUGUAGGGGAAAAUAUUUAAAACAUAGUUUGCUAAUGAUUUAACAUUAUUAUUAGCCAUUUCUUAAAAAGUUUCAAUUGCAUAUAUUUUAAUCAUAAUCGAUGAUCGAUUGCAAUAGUUACUUAAUGCGAACUGUUGCCUUAUUUUUAGAUAAGAGUUAUCCUUCACUCGCAUAUUCAUAUAAAUAAAAGACAAAGUACGCGCCGCCAUGUUAUGCGAAAACCAUGAUCAAUCGUUAAGCGACUAUAACAAGCGACCUAGUAUGUACACAUGUAUUAAACUCCUAAAAAGUAGUAAGAAAACGACACUAACAAAGUAAGCCAUCUAUUGUAUAACGUGUUUCAAAAAAAAGAGAUACCAAAUUGUUUAUUAUCACAUGAUAUGUUAUGAAGAACUAUAGCUUAUACUAACAAUUGAGUUUACUAUUCUUGUUACAUGAUGUUUGUUAACCAUGGAUGUAUCAAAUGUAGUAAUGCCUAUAUAUGUAUUCCAUGUCACAUUAUAACUUGUAAAUAGAGCACUCUCUCCCUGAAUUAUAAAUUGAUGUAUGUAAUUUGAACACUGUAAUAAUUUAUAUUCACCACGCAUGCCUGUAAAAUUAUUAUGUAUUUGUAUACGACGACAAGCUUGUUAUGCUUAAGUCAACAUAAAUAGUAGGUUCUGUUCAAUUCUGUUAAGAGUAGCCAAACAUCGGGCAGCAUAGAACGGCAUACAAUAUUUUUUGUUUCCACUAACUAGACCUACCCUUAUGUUUGUGCCGACUUUUAUGCUUUCUUUAAUUGUUGCAACAUUCCAUAAUAUUCCUUUAUAUUCAAAAUGAACAAAAACGAAUAUUACUAGAUAUAAUUAUUUAAGUUGAUAAUCGUAAAAUAAGUUAUCGAAAAAAAUUGUUGUUUACUUACCUACCCGACUUGUUUGCCUAUUUAAGUGGAAAUAAAUUACGCAUUAUGUUUCGUGUAAUCUAUGUUUUUUUUCAUUAAGGUAGCACAUCAUUUGUACAUUUUAAUAUUUAUAAAUCAUAUUCUCUAUAUUCAUCGGUCAAUAAACAGUUUUGUUCUGAUGCGUAGCAAAAGCCUUCGUUGUUUUAAAUUCUUACGCAUAAGAAUUUCUGUAUAACUUCUGAAUAUUUAUAAAUAAAUAUUCCACAAA